CCUUUCACAUUCUUGACUCGUUUCAUCACUUUCAUGUUCGGUUCUCUCCUUCCCCAGUUACCAUGAGUGCGCUUGAACUGGCAAUAUCCUCAACCCACCGAUUUGAAAAGCAUCAAAUUCCCAUUCUGCGUAUGAGAAGUGGGAUUCUCUGAUCACAAAUAUGUAUGCUCUAGCUAUACAUGCUCUGUUUUAUCUUCAUUCUCUCUUCUUACUCGGUCUCUCUUUCGUCUAAACUUCUAAUAACCUUAGUUUUCUUUUGCCGGUAAUUGCCUGAGAUUGCCAACACCGUUUCAUUUUCGGCUCCUCUAGAUCAAGUAUGCUCCACAAUUAAAUUCUUAAUGUUAAAUUUCUGACCCGAUUGGAUCCGGUUCUGGAAAAUUUGAAGGUAUUGGAAUCAAGCCAGAGCCAAUCGAGGGAGGAAUAGGGGAGCUGCAGAUAGAAGCUCGAAACCUGGAAACAAAAUGGCUGAUAAUUUGGCUCCUGAGAAGCGUCGCAGCUUCAUCCAUAACGAUGAUGAUACAAGGCAUGUCACCCUUGAGGAGAGGGAUAGUGGACAGACAUGGCCUUCUACUGUCAUGGAUCAAGGUCAGUUGGAUCCUUAUGCCACAGACCUUGCAUCUCCAUCCAGCCAUCGCCGCUCCUGCCUUGUCGUCGGGAAUUACUGCCAUGAUGUUCUGAUCAAAGACAACAGCGUCAUCGCAGAAUCCAUUGGGGGCGCCACCUCCUUUAUUUCUUCCGUGCUCGAUGGAUUCAAUGUCGCGUCAUGUUAUGUUUCCAAGGUCGGUCCUGAUUUUGCUUACCCCAUUACCCACCGGCCUCUGGUUUCACCUUCUUUGCGAACGACUGUAUUCCAUGCCUAUUUCUCGUCUGAAAUCAAGCGCCAGGAUCGGAUUCUUAAGCGGGUUAGGGCUUGUGAACCGAUCUCAGCCUCUGAUCUCCCCAACUCGAAAUUCGAUUUCGGGUUGGCCGUCGGUGUUGGCGGGGAGAUUUUACCCGAAACCCUCGAGCGGAUGAUCGAUAUCUGUGAGACAGUCCUUGUUGAUAUCCAAGCGCUGAUUCGGGUCUUUGACCCAGCAGAUGGAACAGUGAACCACGUUGACCUGAACCAAACUGGGUUCUUAUAUCUACUCCCUAGAAUAGGGUUUUUGAAGGCCUCGUCAGACGAGGCGCCGUUCUUGGACAUGGAGGAGGUGAGGAAGCGAUGUUGUGUAGUGCUGACCAAUGGCAAUGAGGGCUGCACGGUGUUCACCAAGGAUUCAGAGCUAAAGAUUGCGCCAUUUCCUACCAUUCAAGUCGAUCCAACAGGAGCUGGGGAUAGCUUUCUGGGUGGGUUUGUAACCGGACUUACUCAUGGAUUAACCGUGCCCGAUUCCGCAUUAUUGGGGAACUUCUUUGGGUCGCUGACUGUCCGGCAAAUGGGACAUUCCAAAUUUGACCCUUGGCUGUUACAGAGGGUGAAAGAAGAGGUGGAUAAGAGGAGAGAGGAUCAUUUUGAUGGCCUGCAGUUUUUUAGAGCUCUUGAUGCUGCGAGAUCAUCAUCUCCUGCGGGAAGCUUUCUCCAGAAAAGUAAGACGGAAUUGCCAAACAACACUAGUGGAGCAAAGUGCAAUGAUCAAUCUUUGCUUCCUUCCAUCUGUGAAAAAGAACCCUAUUCAAUUGGUUGAAACAAACAGUGAUUUGGUUUGUAGUGUAUAUUUUUUCCCUACAUGUCUCCUAUCUGAAAUUAGUUGGUUUAUAAAUAAAGCUUAUGGAAAUCAGACUAUGUUAUCUAUUUCAUGCUGAGCUUUUUCCGAGAUAAUGCUAAUUUAAAAAAUAAUUACAAAG